CUAUUUAAUUUGGGCCCAGGAGUGCAUUUAUAUGGUUUUAUAUUCGGAGUAUAGAGAGAUUCAGGGAGAAUUAGGUUUUAGGGUUUACACUGAGCAGCCACACCUGAAGCAGCAGCCAUGGUCCUCAAAACUGAACUAUGCAGAUUCAGUGGUGCCAAGAUUUACCCAGGAAAAGGCAUUAGAUUUGUUCGCGGUGAUUCUCAGGUUUUCCUCUUUGCCAAUUCCAAAUGCAAGAGGUAUUUCCACAACCGCUUGAAGCCAUCAAAGCUUACCUGGACUGCAAUGUACAGGAAGCAACACAAGAAGGACAUUGCUCAAGAAGCUGUGAAGAAGAGAAGACGUGCUGCCAAGAAGCCUUACUCUAGGUCCAUUGUCGGUGCCACUUUGGAAGUUAUCCAGAAGAAGAGAACUGAGAAGCCAGAAGUUAGAGACGCAGCUAGGGAAGCUGCCCUUCGUGAAAUUAAGGAGAGGAUCAAGAAGACAAAGGAUGAGAAGAAGGCUAAGAAAGCCGAAGUUGCAGCUAAGUCACAAAAAGCAGGAGGUAAAGGAAAUGUUUCCAAGGGUGCUAUGCCUAAAGGUCCCAAACUCGGUGGUGGAGGCGGGAAGCGCUGAGCUUUUAAGUUUUGUUCCUAUUUUUGCUACAAUUAAAAUAGUGUUGUUUUCAAACUUCUGUACCGUACUGAUAUUUAAUUUGCAUGAUUAAUCUUUUAUUUUACUGUUUAAUUAAACCUGUUUUGGAGCUUCAGAAAGUACCUAGUUAUUGAAUGCAUUCCGCUUCCGCCUCCUUA